AUGGGCCCGACAAUGAGACCUGCUUCGCAUAGGAUCGCUGCUCAUCUCCCUGCGGAAAGGAGCCUCGAGGAAGUAAUCCUUGCGAGGAAAAUAACCGCCUCGGCAGAGCGGCAGUUCGCCAACAGCAGGUAUGAGCGCUACACGUCAGCCGCCGGUGAACUCGGCCCUCAGCGUGGUAUGCUGGCAUCCCCAUCGUCCCCGGCGAGCUUCCUGUCCCACCUCCCUUCCGAGGCGUACACCAGAGAAGUUUCGAGCAGGGUGGGGAGGCACCGGCGGGGCAAAAGCCUGAGACGGGCGACUCCUGGGCGGGCAGCCCAUCGUGGGAGUACAGGGGGCGAGGGCUUUGGCCUAUCCCAACAGCAUUUACGACCUCUGACCGGCGUGUCGCCGCCGUCGACGGCACAGUCUGCUUUCAGACCGACGGACUUUGCCUUCGAGAGUCUGUGCCCGACGGUGAGGCGCUCGAUGACCAGCAGCCGGAGCCCUAAACGCGGGGAUGGGGUGACUGCGUGGGGAUUUAACGGAAACGACGAAGCCAACAACAGCGACAGCGACCUUGAGACCAACGAUCGCGUCAUUUUUCUCACCGACAAAUGCAACGCGCUAGCGAGGAGGCUGCAGCAAGUCGAGGCGCAGCUGUUGAGGGAACGCCCUGACGGGAGGGAACUCCUGAAGAAAGAAGCAGCUUCAUCGUUCUCACCGUCAGUCGAAUCCUUCUGCAAUAAAGACAACCGCUGUAGCAGUCCGCAGCCUCCUGGUUCACGCGCAUCUACGGCAGAUCCCCGCUUCUCUCCGAGAAACUCCCGUGGGUCUUCUCGCGCAUCGUCGCAAGCUUCAUCCGCGGCGGCCUUCGGAGGCCAUGGUGGUCGCAGCGGGAGAAAAAACGACAUUUCUGAGGGAGAUCUCGAAAAAAGGGCCGGAGCGUACCCGACACCGAGGACGGCUGAGAGCAGCAUCGACCACAACAUUAAGACCCACACUUCAGCAGCUCCACUAGGAAGAGGAAAGCUGAACGCGCAUUAUCAGCACAACAAUGAUCCGCACGUCUCCCCCAGACAAGGUCGGGCGAUAAUGGUGCCCCCGGACGUUGUAAAAGCAAUAAAGGAAGGAGACAAGCCACGAAGGGACAGUGGGGUAAAGAUGGACGCUGAUGCCCUUCAUUGCCAAAAAGUAGAGAAGGAGAUCGCCGAACGCUUUGAGGUCGUGGCCGGCGGUAUCGAAAAGCUCGAGGACGUGUUCAGUGGCGCGGCGCAGAUACUGGAGCACCGGGUCCGCGCGAUAACGACCAUCAGCAGAGCUCAAAUGGUGACGGCAUGGGGCUUCUCCCGUAUUGUGUGCAUACCAUGCGUCGUUCUGCAAUGCAAGGAGCACCACGUCGAGCGCCUUCCAAGGCAGAAGCUACAUAAAUGCACAGGUCUGUCGAAGCCCUCUUGCCUGAAGUUCUCCUUACUGCUCCCAGGCUCCCUCUUUGAUGUGCAUCGGUUACGUAUGGUCCAAGCCCUUUCUCGUCCAAUCCUCCUUGUCGCGUCGUGCUCCAGCGUCAUCCGCAUGUUUCUGCAGAGGUGCCGAUAUCUCCGAGGCAAGGAAGCUCUCAGGGCUUGGCGGACCAACAACAGCUUGCGCGUGCUUCAAUGCAUGCGUCGUGAAGUUUUUCGACAGAAGAAGAUCGAGGCUGGUCUGGACAGGGUGAUUAUAGCACAAUAUAUAGCACAUCACUUUUUUCACAUGAAAAAGGAGGAAACGGGAACGGGGAGGGGGAGGUACAUCAAUGCAUCGUCAAUCGAAGCCAUGUUGCUGUACUUGGUGACGAAUCCGUUCGACAAUAACUUCCAAAAUUUCAAACAUGUUCUCACAAGCUUGCCCAGGAGCUUGGAUGGAGAUUUGUGGCGUACUUCCGGGUACUCGGCCUCGCCCACACCGUACGUCCCGCCCCCUCUCCUACCCACUCCUUCCCGGUACACCCAUCACCUCAUGUCGCUUGAUCCCUGCCAGCUGCGCAAUCGGCGUCACCUGUGGUUGAUAUCGAAAAUUUUCCGAAUGUGGUCUACGGUCAUCGGAGCCAACGAGCAGCGCAACUACCGGCUCAAAAUGUUUGAGGAGAGAGUAAAACGCCGUCAGGUUGAUAUCUUCUCAAGAUACGUGAACCGUGUUUUGCAGAGCGUGUGUCUUCCGAAGAUGUUCGGGGAGUUGGCCAGGCGGGGGCUUCGUCGUCAGCAAGAAGCAAGGGAAAGGGUUGUCAAGAGGGCGGUGGCCAGGGGAGAGCUGGGCCUGUAUGUCACGGAUGCUAUGGUUCGGCAGGAGAUGUCAAGACAAGCCGUCGAACUCAUGCGUGGAAAGGUGGGAGUAAACUUGUGUCGAUCGGUGUUCACACGCCUGGGGCAGGCCGUAGUUCUGCGCAAGAAGAGAGAAGUUACGGCGAGAGCGCACUUCAAACGCUGGGCUACAAGGCAAGCCGACUUAAGAAUUCUGCGGGUAAUCAAAGGCUGGAGAAAAUGGGCGGCGCUCAAGGCCGAGGGCAUGGACAGGAAACUCAUGACCGGUUAUAGAGGCGGUGAGAGACUUCGGUGCAACACCCACAAGGUAGCCGCCUUCACCCGGCGGCGGGAGAUGGUCGGGGUGUUCCUAGCAUGGAGCAGGAAGAGCGCUCAACUUGCCAUAGCGACUCGCAUGCAGCGGAAGAAGCUGACACAAGUGGUGAUGGGGGCGUUUAAUACGUGGAAGGCCGAGACCCAAAAGAGCAAGCAAGUUAAAAAGAUCGCGGUCGGGAUGUGGGCCGACUUCUCUCUCAAGGACCUCGGAGAGCCCUUCCGCAUGUGGUACAUCUACGCUGACUACUCCAAGAAGCAGACCAAGGAGCACGAGCGGCUGCUCAAGCUCCACCGGCGAUAUAAGAACAGGAGAAAGACCCACAUCAUCCUCAAAGCAUGGAAGCACCUCGUUGUAGGAAAAGGGUUUAAGGCCGUCUACGGACGGAUAGAGGGUAUGUACACCAGGUCUCAGCUGAUGUCGUCGCUGGCAGAGCAGAAAGAUCACACCCUGCGGCUCGUAGGGAAGGUGGACGAGUUAGCGGGUGGCCUCGGAGACAUGGAGGAGCUAGCCAUGGAAUACCGCUCCCAGAUGAUCAUCCGCCAGAGGGAAACUACUGAGCGCGAGAACGGCAUGGACCGCCAGACGAUGGCCCUGCACCACGCCGAGCAGGAGGUCGUGCGGUUGCAGAGUCUUCUCGCCUCCGCGGCCGAGGCUGCGCCCCACAUCUGCAAGGCGAUCCACAAAGUCGCGCCGGGGUUCGACUUCAAGGAACGGGGUUUGCAGGGCGAGUUUCGCUGCGAGAUAAAAAAAUUGGAACAGGCGUGGUUACCGGCGGACCCGGAGGCGGCCGCGCGGGCGGCGGUCGCCGCCGCGGCGCUGGCGCAGGCGAGUGGCACGCACCUAAGCGUAGUCUGUGGAAUCGAACCGCCAAUCCUACCGAAGGAAUUAGCGAGGCUUGACCGCGUGGAGUGGGUGCUGCGGCGCACGAGCGCAGCCGAAGUGGGGACGCGAUUGAAGGCACAGAGAGAAGAAGGCGAGAGGAUUGAGCGCGGUCAUGGCGGGCCUGGGAGAGGAGGGCAUGGCAGGAAGGGGUACAGGGGGGUAGGGGGUUCGAGUGGUGGUGAUGGUUCGGGUGGGAUCAACAUUCAGAUUUGUGGCGAUGUAAAUGGCGGUGGUAGCACUAAUAGCGGGUCGUUGACCGGGGGGGUAGGAGAUGAGGCAGAUGAUGGCGGGAAGGCGAUAUCUGGGACUUAUGCGAUUGGCGGCGGCGGCGCCCCUGCCACCGUGUCUUCCGAUGUUUCGUUUCCGUCCCCAACAAGCGAAGCGGUCGCCGACGUCGCCACAGCGACUGUAGCGCCACCAGACCCCGACGGCUUGAGCACUGGUCGCAGCGAAGGACGGGCGGCCGCUGCUCCGCUGACGGGCGCCGCGGUGGAGGACGACGAAGAGGACGACGGGGAGGAGGACGACGUCGCCGACCGUCUGGCUGGCAUCUUCGAGUUCCUCCGGUCGGGAAACUCCCUGCUCCUCCCGCCCGACCUGCGGAUCGACUGGGAGUCUCGGCCUGACCUAGGGCUGGGACUUCUCGCCGGCGACGACCACAAGGACGACGUGGUGCGCCGCUUUCAUCCCGCUCCGUCGGCGUCUUGGUCACAGCCUGCAGAGGCCGAUGGGGCAAGGAGUAGCAGCAGUCCGCGACAACAUCGCGGCGCCGAAAGCGAUAGUUCAAAAUGUGGCGGCAGCGGCGGUUCAUCCUACAAUCUUGCCGGCGGCGGCACCGGGAAGGGCGCCUCGACGUGGGCAAGAGGCCUCUGCCGCGAGACCAGCAUCGGCAGCGGAGAGCCGAUGACGUACCACGAUCUCCGCAUGGCCCUCACGGCGUCGGCCCCAAAGGGACGGCUGUCGGAAACGACCAACGACAUGCUGGAGAGGCGCCUCGCGGAACGGAGGAGCAGGGCGGAUGAGAUGGCCGCCGCGAUUUGGGGCAACCACCGCCCCCAGUUUGUAGAGAACUUGUACAGAAGCCAAUCGUAG